AUUUCUGGUGUCCCCCGCCGUGAUAUUGCUGGAAUAUUGCUAAAAGCGGUGUAAAACUAAAGUCACUCACUCUAGAUUGCCCACCGGCCUCAACAUAAGCAAUGAAUAAGGAUCACGAAAUCUGAUGGAAGACUUAAUGGAGUUUGUAUUCUAGAGAAAUAUAUAACAUGCUGAAUAUAGCAGUCAGUGAGUCACCUAAACCCGUCUACGAUAUUGAGCCUCAGUGGCAUCAUCUGUUACUUGUUAUACAUAUUUUAAAGCAUGUAUGCCUGUCACCACUGCCUUGUGGUAGUUUGUCUAUCAGACUCAGACAUAUCACAAAUAUUAUGUCAUGUACGCCACAAAAAUGAAUGAACUUCAAUUAUGCAUGCAUACCUUUAAUUGCAGAAUCUAAUAACUUAUUCAGUGAACAUCUUUCAAACAGAAAUUCGAAUGCGCAACGGUAAUAUUUUCAAACAAAAUCUUCAGUGCUUGAUAUUUUAUCUGCCUUUUUGUGCCAAAAAUACACAACAACACUGUAUCAUCUCAUGAGAUGUCUGUUGAGGAGAGGAAUCCUUUACCAGCAAUCCCACCAGGCGUGGAAGGAUUUGUCCAAUCCCAGACACUAGAAUUCUUGGUUUGUCCAAGUCAUAAGUAUGCCAUAAGUUGCAGUUGCCACCGCCAAACACACCCUCCCAUCCCAACACGCGUCACUCUGGCGCACCUUCAUUAAAAUGACACAUAGUUCCAACGAAGCUGGAAUAAUACAUUUUAUACCCACUAUUUAUUACAGUUCAGACUGAAAGGAAAGACAUCCGUGACGACAUGAGCACAGGGACUGGUUCAACCUGUGAAGACAAUACACUUUGGGAUGGAUUUGACAUGGAUGACUUAACAGUGACUCUCGAAAUGUCGACUGAACGUGACAAGAUCCAGCGCCUUGAGAACAGACCCUACCAGGACGAGUUGGUGCGAUCAGCAGCCGGUGGGGGAAACUUCGUCAUCGUCGCACCAACUGGCUGCGGGAAGAUGGUGGUGGCUUUGAGAAUAAUCCAGGAACACCUGACAAAAAUGAAGGAUAAAGGCUUGCCGAGCAAAAUAAAAUUUUUCGCUAACGAGGUGACCUUGGUGGACCAGCAGCAUGAAUUAUGCCAAGGACAUCUUGAUUCCAAGUACAAAAGUACAAAGAUUGUUGGAGAAACCAAGUACAAGACUCCAGUCAGCACCAAGGAGCUGAUAGCACAAAGUGACCUGCUUGUGAUGACGCCACAGAUCAUCGUCGAUGCCCUAGAGAAAAAGACCCUGGAAUCCCUCUCUGUCUUCAGCCUCGUCAUCUUCGACGAGUGUCAUCAUAUCCGUGAGAAACAUCCUACAAACAAAAUAAUGAGUCACUAUAUGGAAAUGAAACAGUCCUCAGCAGGAAAUGUACAGCUACCACAGGUGGUCGGUCUCACAGCGUCUGUCGGAGUGGGGAAGAUGAAAGAAAGUGAGGGGACUGGAGGUGCUCUGAAACACAUUAUCCAUCUGUGCGCAAACAUGGAUGCCAAGGGAGGGAUAGUCACUGUCCGAGAACACAAAGACAGUCUGGCUGAAUAUGCGAAUCAUGUGGAAAGUGCGAUCGAGGUGGCAAAGGAAAGAAUAUCUGACCCUUUUAAAGACUGCAUUGUGAAAUGUAUCAUGGAACCUAUAGAGGAAGAAAUCAUAGAAAAGCACCGCAAGUCGGAGGAUCAACUCACGCAUAUAAAAGACAUAGUCUCGUGUCAGGCCAAGGGAACAAGUUGGUACACACAGUGGCUCGAUAAGCUAUACAGUGACAAGUUCCUCCAGAUAAAGAGGACUUGUGUUAAUCAUCUUAGAGUCUACAAUCAAGCCCUGGCCCUCAACAUGGAUUGCCGAACACAUGAUGCCAUGAACUAUAUCCUGUCACAGAUGAAUACCAUAUGUCCUGCUAAACAGUUCAGAACACCUACUGACGAGAAGCUCUACUCUCUCUACACCGAUAACCUUGAGAAGCUAAAGGCCGAAUCUGCACCUGAUAUCAACGUGAAUCCCAAUCUGAGAAGAGCAUCACGAGUUCCAGAUGGAACAUACGUCACACUCACCAGCAAAGACGAUCUUCGAAGGAAGGAAGAGAGCAACAUGCGCCUGGAAACGGUCAUGGAUGAAGCUAUCAGUAUGCUACAGGAACAGAUUCAGAAAGACCCUUUAGCAUUUCGUCAACAAAUUGAAAAUUUCCAGAAGGAGAACAAGGUGUCCAGGGAAACUGAAAGAAUCCAAACAGCAGAGCAGCCAAGCACUGACGAUGCCAUUUCAUUACAGCGCCUCACCAGGGACAUCCGUAUCAACUGGCGUAGAAAGACGGCCUAUCGCGACAUCAUCGACGGUAAUUGA